AUGAGCGACCAUGGAGGGCAAGAACAGCCCGUGGAAGAUCGCUCGAACGAGGACGAGCAGCAGGAAAACGGCACAGCCAACCAUGACCCUAGCAUAAGUGACACCCAGAAUUACGAAAAUGGCCAAGGGGAUAACGCAGAUAACAAUGGCAUGACGAGAGGCCCCAUGCCCCCCACAGGAAUCCCACCAUUACCCAAUAAUAUGAACCUCUUUAGUAACAUCCAGGGUCCCCCUAACAAUCUAUACUACAACAUGGCACAGUACGACAUUAACCCGAAUUUGAUCGAGUUGCCGGAAAAGGGGAAGAACGGCCCCACUCCACCAGCACCAGCAGCAGCUGGACCAACGGGGGCGAGCUUCGUACAAGGUAAAAAUUCGUUUCCUCCCGGCAUGUCCAACUUGCCGCCCAACAUGAUGAACAUGCCGCCGCUUAUGAGCAGCCUUCCCCCAAACAUGGCCAACAUGCCACCAAAUUUGCCGCCAAAUAUGCCCCCCAAUAUGGCCAAUCUACCCCCCAACAUGGCCAAUUUACCCCCCAACAUGGCCAAUUUACCCCCCAACAUGAACUACCUGCCACCCAAUAUGAACCCCCUCAUGCCCAACAUGCCGAUGAACAUGCCCCCUCCCCCCUUCAUGAUGAAAAUGAAAAACCAAAUGAAUGGCGCUGAACCGGGGAUGAAUGGCAUGCCGUACUACUUCCUCCCCAGUGGAGCACACAUGGGAAACUACGCACAAACAGGAAUGGACAAUAUGAAUGACCCGUUCGGAAACAAUAUGAACCACCUCCCCCCACCAAUGUACCUCAACGAAACCGGAGGAGGGGAAGAUUAUUAUCCCUACAACAACGAUGAGGAGGAUUACAUGCGAGGGGAAAGGCACCACAACGGAGAAGACAUGCACGAUGAAUAUAUAUCACGAAGCGAAAGAAGGAAAAGAAGAAGAAGGAGGAGACAUUAUGAUGAUGAAAGCUAUUAUGCUAAGAUGAAAUAUAACCAAGUGGAAGAACCAAUAGAAGAAAAGACAGUCGAACAGGAGGUCAUUCCAGAGCCAACUGAAUUUAACGUAGUAAAAGAAAAGGCACGAAAAUGGAAAAUGAUAAAUAGUAAAAAAUAUUCAAAGAAAAAAAAAUUUGGAGUGAUGGAAGAGAAGGAAGAAAUGCCAUGUGAGCAUCUCAGAAAAAUUGUUAAAGAACAUGGAGACAUGAGUAAUAAAAAAUACAGAUAUGAUAAGAGAGUCUAUUUGGGUGCCUUGAAAUAUGUGCCGCAUGCUGUUUUUAAGCUUUUAGAAAAUAUACCCAUGCCUUGGGAACAAAUAAAAAAUACAAAGGUGAUUUAUCACAUCACUGGGGCCAUUACCUUUGUGAAUGAAAUUUUCGUCGUCAUAGAUCCGUUGUAUAUUGCUCAGUGGGGAACCAUGUGGAUCAUGAUGAGAAGGGAAAAAAGAGAUAGGAAACAUUUCAAAAGAAUGAGAUUCCCUCCCUUCGAUGAUGAAGAACCUCCACUAGAUUACGCAGAUAAUAUUCUAGAUAUAGAACCGUUAGAAUGUAUACAAAUGAAGUUAGACAAAGAUGAGGACAAAAGUGUCAUCGAUUGGUUUUAUGACUCAAAACCGUUACUAUACGAUCGGAACCAUAUCUUGGGAACGAGCUAUAAAAAGUAUAAAUUGAGUUUGGAACAAAUGGGGGUCCUCUACAGAUUAGGAAACCAACUCUUCAGCGAUUUUCAGGACGAUAAUUAUUUUUACUUAUUCAAUUUGAAAUCCUUCUACACUGCCAAGGCGCUAAAUAUGGCCAUACCAGGUGGACCCAAAUUCGAACCCCUGUACAGAGACAUCUACGAAGACGAUGAAGACUGGAAUGAGUUCAACGAUAUUAAUAAAAUUAUUAUACGCCAGCAAAUUAGGACGGAAUACAAAAUAGCCUUCCCCUAUUUGUAUAAUAAUAGACCCAGAAAAAUUGCUGUCAGUAAGUAUCACUCCCCUAUGUGUGUCUACAUAAAAUUGGAGGACAUUGAUCUCCCCCCCUUCUACUUUGACCUUAUCAUCAAUCCCAUUCCAUCCUACAAGAUCAGAAAUUUUGAUAACCCAGAGAGGGAGAAAAAAAAUAUGGACGAAUUUUAUCUCAUUUUUACGAGAAAGGAGGUACACUACCAGAAGGUGCCUUCCCACUGUAAGAAUCACCCAAGGGAACAUUCCACAGAUGACCACGAAAGUGAGUAUAGUAGCGAUGGGAGUGCUGCUAGUAGUGGGGGAGAAGGAAGAACAUCCCAUUCCAGGCGAAAAACUGGUAGGGUUAACAAAAACGAGAGGGAAAAGUACACAAAAGGAGGAAGAACCAAGCGAGGGGAUAAUAAACGUCACUCCAGGCGGGGCAAAAAAGGUGACUAUCACUCCAGCCAGGAGGAGAACCUGUCAGAUGACUACCAGGACAACAGCGACAGGACAACGUACAGGAAUGGUGACGGUAAAAGUAGGGCAAAAGACAGCCAGCACCACCGCAGCAGUGACGACAACAGCGAUACGAACAUCUGCAGCAGCAAGUAUAGGGAUGAAGACCAGGUAGACAAUAGCACGAUAGAGAACUACUCAGGGGAUAACAGCUCCAGGACGGGCUACCCCAAGGGUGGCAAGAAGAGGAGGAACCCCUACGAUGGGGAUGAAGAUAACGAUGAUGAUGUCAAUGACGAUGGUGAGCGUGGUGAGGAGACAGGGGAAGAACCCUCCGGGGGGGAUAAGCGCCAACCGAAGCAGCACGAAGCCACCCCGCAGAGCAAGCUCAAAAUAGUAGUCAAAAAUGUGCAGUACGGAAUGCUGCCCCUGCUGCAUGAGUACCCCCUCUACACGGAAAGAACCAUCAACGGAAUUCAACUAUACCAUGCUCCCUACCCAUUUAAUAAGAAAUGUGGAUACACAAGGAGAGGAAUAGACAUCCCCCUUGUGCAAUCCUGGUUCAAAGAACACAUAUCGACCAAGUACCCUGUGAAGGUGAGGGUGUCCUACCAGAAGCUGCUCAAAUGUUGGGUGUUAAAUCAUCUACACUCGAAGAGACCAAAAAGUAUGAAGAAAAAAUAUCUGUUUAGAAUAUUUAAAAGUACGAAAUUUUUCCAGUGCACAGAAAUGGAUUGGGUAGAGGUAGGUCUGCAGGUAUGCAGACAAGGAUACAACAUGCUAAACCUGCUAAUCCAUAGGAAGAAUUUGAAUUACCUCCACCUUGAUUACAACUUCAAUUUGAAGCCAGUCAAAACGUUAACCACGAAGGAGAGGAAGAAGUCUCGUUUCGGUAACGCCUUUCACCUAUGCAGAGAAAUCCUAAGACUAACUAAAUCGAUAGUAGAUUCGCAUGUACAAUAUAGGCUUGGAAAUAUUGAUGCGUACCAAUUGGCCGACGGGAUACAGUAUAUAUUUUCCCACGUGGGUCAACUGACAGGAAUGUACAGAUACAAGUACAGACUUAUGAGACAAGUAAGAAUGUGCAAAGAUUUGAAGCAUUUAAUUUAUUAUAGGUUUAAUACGGGGUCUGUGGGGAAAGGGCCUGGUUGUGGAUUGUGGGCACCUCUGUGGAGAGUUUGGAUUUUCUUCCUCAGAGGGGUUAUCCCGUUGCUGGAAAGAUGGUUAAGCAACUUACUGGCGAGACAAUUCGAGGGAAGAGUCUCCAAAGGGAUUGCCAAAACGGUUACCAAGCAAAGGGUUGAAAGUCAUUUCGAUUUAGAACUCAGAGCAGCUGUCAUGCAUGAUAUAAUCGAUAUGAUACCUGCUGGACUGAAAAAUAAUAAAGGGAAAGCUAGACUCAUUUUGCAACACCUUAGUGAAGCAUGGAGGUGUUGGAAAGCCAACAUUCCAUGGAAGGUUGUUGGGUUACCCCUCCCUGUGGAAAAUAUGAUCAUUCGAUAUAUUAAGCUGAAAGCAGAUUGGUGGAUUAACGCUACUUAUUAUAACAGGGAGAGGAUUAAGAGAGGGGCCACUGUGGACAAAACGGUGUGUAAGAAGAAUCUAGGUAGGUUGACGAGACUCUGGCUGAAGGCUGAACAGGAAAGGCAACAUGAAUACUUAAAGGAUGGUCCUUAUGUCACUGGAGAAGAAGCCGUCGCUCUGUACACCACGGCAAUUCACUGGUUCGAGUCACGUAAAUUUACACACAUUCCUUUUCCUCCACUGAAUUAUAAGCAUGACACCAAGUUACUCAUUCUAGCAUUGGAAAAACUGAAGGAAACCUUCACCGUUAAGAAUAGACUUAAUCAGUCACAGAGGGAAGAGCUCGGAUUCAUAGAGCAGGCGUACGACAAUCCCUAUGAAACGUUAUCCAGAAUAAAAAGGCACCUACUUACACAAAGAGCAUUCAAGGAAAUAUCCAUAUCGUUCUUAGAUUUGUACACGCAUUUAGUACCCGUAUACGAAGUGGACCCGCUAGAAAAAAUUACAGACGCUUACCUAGACCAGUACCUAUGGUAUGAGGGAGACCUGAGAAAUUUAUUCCCUAAUUGGGUCAAACCCUCAGACAACGAACCGCAGCCAUUGCUAGUCUAUAAAAUGUGCCAGGGGAUAAACAAUCUGCACAACAUUUGGGAAACAAAAAACAAUGAAUGCCUUGUAAUGCUGCAAACACAGUUUAGUAAAAUAUACGAGAAAAUCGAUUUAACCCUCCUGAACAGAUUGUUACGCUUAAUUGUGGACCACAAUAUUGCAGACUACAUAACGGCGAAGAAUAAUACAAACAUUACCUUUAAGGAUAUGAAUCAUAUAAACUCCUUUGGGAUUAUUCGGGGACUGCAAUUUUCUUCCUUCGUAUUUCAAUACUACACCAUUAUUAUCGAUUUACUCAUCCUAGGAUUGACCAGAGCGUAUGACAUUGCUGGUCCUUACAACGACGUGAACCCCUUUCUCAGUUUCCAGAAUGUACGGGUAGAGACCAGACACCCCAUCAGACUGUACUGCAGAUAUGUAGAUAAAAUUUGGAUCCUUUUCAAAUUCUCCAAUGAAGAAUCCAAAGAUUUGAUUCAAAAAUUUUUAACAGAAAAUCCAGACCCAAAUAAUGAAAACAUCGUUGGCUAUAAUAACAAGACGUGCUGGCCAAGAGACUGCCGAAUGAGGAAAAUGAAGCAUGACGUUAACCUAGGCAGAGCAACAUUCUGGGAAAUCCAAAAUAGAAUCCCCAGAUCAUUAACAUCCCUAGAUUGGGAUCAUCACAACACCUUCGUCAGCGUCUAUUCGAAGGAUAACCCGAAUUUAUUAUUUACCAUUGCCGGAUUUGAGGUGCGUAUUCUUCCCAAAAUAAGACAACUCUCCUACGGCAUUAACAUGUACACCACGUACAUAAACGAGUAUGGAAAGAAGGACCCCAGUAAGGAGGCUUCCUCUACAACAAAUGCAGAACAAUCCGGAGGAGGAGAAAAAAACGUGGUCAUAUCAUCCAGCGAAAAGGAAGGCACAUGGAAGCUGCAAAAUGAGGUUACCAAAGAAAUAACCGCAGAGGCGUAUCUAAAAGUGUCGGAAAAUAGUAUGAAACGAUUUGAAAAUCGAGUCAGGCAAAUUUUAAUGUCAUCUGGAAGUACUACCUUUACCAAAAUUGCAAACAAAUGGAACACCACCCUCAUCGGAUUGAUGACGUACUUCAGGGAAGCCGUCCUAGACACAGAGGAACUGUUAGACCUGCUCGUAAAAUGUGAAAAUAAAAUACAAACUCGUAUAAAGAUAGGUUUAAAUUCAAAGAUGCCUUCUCGUUUUCCCCCUGUCGUGUUCUAUACACCUAAGGAAUUGGGUGGCCUGGGAAUGCUCUCCAUGGGACAUAUAUUAAUCCCAGAAUCGGAUCUACGUUAUAUGAAGCAAACGGACAGCGGGAAAAUUACCCAUUUUAGAGCUGGGCUUUCCCACGAAGAGGACCAGCUAAUCCCCAACCUGUACAGGUAUAUCUCCACCUGGGAGAGUGAAUUUCUAGAGAGCCAACGUGUAUGGUGUGAAUACGCACUUAAAAGAAACGAAUGCCACAAUCAAAAUAAGAAAAUUACCUUGGAAGAUUUGGAAGAUUCUUGGGAUAAAGGUAUCCCCCGAAUUAACACCCUGUUUCAAAAGGAUAGACAUACUUUGGCUUACGACAAGGGAUGGAGAAUAAGACAACUUUUCAAGCAGUAUCAAAUUAUAAAGAGUAACCCCUUCUGGUGGACCAACCAGAGACACGAUGGAAAGCUGUGGAAUCUAAACAACUAUCGAACGGAUAUGAUUCAAGCAUUGGGGGGAGUUGAAGGGAUAUUGGAGCACACGCUAUUUAAAGGAACCUUUUUCCCCACAUGGGAAGGACUUUUCUGGGAGAAAGCCAGCGGGUUUGAAGAAUCCAUGAAAUAUAAGAAGCUAACCAAUGCACAGAGAAGUGGACUGAAUCAAAUUCCCAACAGAAGAUUUACCCUGUGGUGGUCCCCAACAAUUAAUCGUGCAAAUGUAUACGUAGGGUUCCAAGUGCAGUUAGAUCUAACAGGUAUAUUCAUGCAUGGAAAAAUACCCACACUGAAAAUAUCACUGAUCCAGAUAUUUAGAGCACAUCUCUGGCAGAAGAUUCACGAAUCGCUCGUCAUGGAUGUAUGUCAAGUGUUUGACUUAAAUUCGGACCUGUUAGAAAUUGAAACGGUGCAAAAGGAGACCAUCCACCCGAGGAAGUCCUACAAAAUGAAUAGCUCCUGUGCCGAUAUUCUCCUCUUUGCCAAUUACAAAUGGGGCAUUUCCAAGCCUUCCCUCCUCUCAGAUGAUGAUAAUAUUUUUCUGAACAAUUUGGAAGUUAAAUCGAACAGCUCGAUAGCCCUGGGGUCUUAUCCCUACACGUCCAACCAGUACUGGAUUGACAUUCAACUCCGAUGGGGAGACUUCGAUUCGCAUGACAUUGAAAGGUACAGCAGAGCCAAGUUUCUAGAUUACACCACAGAUAAUUUAUCUAUAUACCCUUGCCUCACGGGGGUCCUAAUAGGAGUGGACCUGGCAUACAACCUAUAUUCCGCCUAUGGCAACUGGUUUAAUAAUCUCAAACCGUUGAUGCAGAAGGCGCUGCAGAAAAUUAUUCAGUCGAAUCCAUCUCUCUACGUACUGAGGGAAAGAAUCAGAAAGGGACUUCAACUGUACUCCUCUGAACCCACAGAACCGUACCUAAAUACGCAAAAUUAUAAUGAGCUCUUCUCCUCGCAAACCAUCUGGUUUGUGGAUGACACCAACGUUUACCGAGUUACCAUCCAUAAGACGUUUGAAGGAAAUCUUACCACCAAGCCGAUUAAUGGCGCCAUCUUCAUUUUGAACCCCAAAACAGGACAGCUCUUUUUAAAAAUUAUCCACACGUCUGUAUGGAUUGGGCAGAAGCGUUUAUCUCAGCUAGCCAAAUGGAAGACGGCAGAAGAAGUAGCCUCCCUAAUUAGGUCUCUCCCUAUAGAAGAACAACCAAAACAAAUUAUCGUAACCAGAAAAGGAAUGCUAGACCCGCUGGAAGUGCACUUGCUAGAUUUCCCAAAUAUUAUAAUCAAAGGAACGGAGUUGAAUCUCCCGUUUCAAGCUUUACUAAAGUUGAACAAAAUAGGAGACCUCAUCUUAAAGGCAACCCAACCACAGAUGCUUCUGUUCAAUUUGUAUGACGACUGGCUAAACACAAUUUCUUCCUUCACCGCAUUUAGUAGGCUAAUUCUCAUACUGAGAAGUUUACACAUAAACCCACAGCAAACGAAAAUACUCCUGCAACCGAAUAAAAACAUAGUAACGCAGCCACAUCAUAUCUGGCCCUCCUUCAACAAUAACCAGUGGAUUAAUUUAGAAGUCCAACUGAAAGAUCUAAUUCUUAACGACUAUGCGAAGAGAAACAAUGUACAUAUCGCCUCGCUAACGCAGAACGAAAUAAGGGACAUCCUCCUAGGUAUGGAAAUAACACCCCCAUCGAUACAGAGGCAGCAAAUUGCAGAACUGGAAAAAAACAACUUAGAUAACAUAGAACAGCAAAUGAAGGUUACGACGUCCAAAACGACCACCAAGCAUGGAACCGAAAUGAUCGUCUCGACGUUAUCCCCUCAUGAACAGCAAACAUUCACAACAAAGACGGAUUGGAAAAUCAGAUACCUUGCCAAUAACUCCCUACUCUUUAGAACAAAAAAUAUUUAUGUGAAUAAUACUUCUUUAAAGAGUGUACCUGACGGAAGCAACAGCGGUGUCAACACCAUCAGCUCCAUUAACGAUUACACUUACGUCAUUGCCAAAAAUUUACUCGAAAAAUUCAUUUGCAUUUCCGAUUUGAAAAUACAAAUUGGGGGAUUUCUAUACGGUUCCUCCCCACCUGACAACUCCUAUGUGAAGGAGAUCAGGUGCAUUCUUAUCCCCCCCCAGAUUGGAAACUACCAAUCUGUCACUCUGUCAAAUUAUUUGCCCUCAAGUAAAUAUUUGGACAAUUUAGAACUCCUCGGAUGGAUUCACACCCAAACAACCAACUGCUCCAACACAUCUAACCACUUAACGACCUAUGAUAUGGUUGCACAUUUGUCAUUUCUGCAAGAGUGUAAAGCCAGGAAGAAGAAAAAAACAGAUGGAACCAACUCUGAUGAAGACGUUGCACCUGAGGAGAAUGCAAAUGAAGACAGUGGAGAAUUCUCCAAAAUAUGGGACAAAAACAAAACGAUAAUUCUUACUUGUUCAUUUACACCAGGUAGCUGUACUAUUAAUGCUUACAAAUUAACGGAUGAUGGGUAUACAUUUGCGAAGAGCAAACAAAACUCAGCUGAUCUGUAUGCCUACCCGAAUGCCACUAAUCUGUAUGAGCAAGUUCAAAUCCUACUAUCCAAUGUCUUUGUUGGUUUCUUCCUAAUCCCCGAUGAUAACAUAUGGAACUACAAUCUCAUGGGUAUCAAAUUUAACAACAAUCAAAAAUAUUCCGCUUUGUUGGAUAUUCCACAACCCUUUUACUCAGACAUACACAGACCCAACCACUUUCUCCAGUUUUCCCUGCUUGACCAGAAUGAAGGGGAUGAGGCCGACGUCGAGACGUCCUUCAUUUGA